GCGCACGCCUUGGCCAAUGCCCUACUCUCGGCCGGCCUGAGUUUCGGGCCUUUGGGGGUGCUGAUUACACUCUACACGGGCACUGCGCUGCUCACCAACAUCAUUAGCAACACAGCCACCUGCGUGAUGAUGAUUCCAGUGGCUGCGCAUAUCUCUGAAGAGCUGCAAGGAAUGGAGAAUUCUGAAUUGAACUUGAAGACGCUGAUCAUCAUGGUCAUUCUGGCUUCCAACGCAGCGUUUGCCACACCCCUGGGGUCACCUUGCAAUCUCUUGGUGGUGGAUGCUGGCGAUUAUGAAUUCCGAGACUUUCUGCGCUUCGGAGGGAUGCUUCAACUGGUCUUGUUAGUGUCAACUUGCACCCUGCUCUACGCGUGUCCGUGUACAUAA